GUUCCAUUAAAAUCCAGAAAAAUUUAAAACAUCAAAUUGGUGAAAAAUGCAGCCGUUGUGGCCUCUCUUGGUCACAUUGCUUUUGGAAACAGCAAAAUGUUACCCUGAUCAGUUGGGACAGCAAAAAUCGAACUGCCAAAGAAUCAGCCUGAAUCUGACUACUCUCCCCAACGGAAAUAAAUACUUCAUCCCGCGAACCCAAGCUAAAUAUAGGAUGAACUGGUAUCAAGCAAAGGACUUUUGUGCGAAUAACUCGAUGCAUUUGGCUUCCCCAAAGAACCAGAAUGAGCUGUCUAGUUUGUAUAGAAGAAUCAAGGAAAUUCACGGAUCAAACACGAAAUGGUGGCUGUCGGCAUCGGACGUGGGCCGAACCACCGGAGAUUUCAGAUGGCACGACGGCCGAGCUCUUCCCAAGGACAGCUCCAUGUGGUACGCUGAUGACUUGGAGCCAGAUUCCUUCGGCAAGGGUUUCGAGGCCUGCGUCAACGUCGCAACUUACAAACGCACCAAACUAACAGAUGACGCAUGCACAGCAAAUUCAGAAAACUACUAUUUUGUUUGCGAGCCACCUGCAGGGUGUUGAAAAAUAAUUUUUUGGAAUAAAUCACUGCGAUUUUAAUAUAUUCAUCAAAA